AUGGCGACGACAAGCAGCAUUACAUCCUCGGCGACAUCAACUUCACACACCAUGACUGCCUCCCCAACCCUUAAAGUUCCCUCUGUUAUAUCUACCCAAAAUGGCACAAAUGUACCAAGCUCAAUUGAGGAUUUAGUAUUUGCGCUUACCCCAACCAAUCGACAUAUCUUCAUUGCGCCUUCGUCGAAAUUACCCAAUGCGAGUUUGGAAUAUGCAAAAGAAACAUUGGAUAGAUUUGCGGGAAAGUUGGGAGAUGAACAAGCUAAAAGAUUGAAAGAGCAGAGGAAAAAGAGGAAGAGGGGUGAGAGGGAUGAGGCUGCAGGAGACGUGCUGAGGAUUAGGAAAAUACAUACUCAAGGGUUUGAGGUUCAGCAAGUUUGGGAACAGGCUAAGAGAGUUAUAGAUGCGCUGAAAGGAGACGCAGAAAGAGCUCUUGAGGGACUUGGAAUUGGUGGGGAUGAGAGUGAAGAAAGUGAGAACGAAGGAGAGGGUAAUUCUGAUAUGAUGAAAUUUGAUGAAGAUGGAUUUGAAAUUGGCUCGGAUAAUGAGAGCAUGGAAGGAGAUGAGGAUCUCGAAGAUAUGGAAGAGGAAUUUCACACUGACGAAGAGGACGGAACGGACGGUCAGGAUGACGGGGAGGCUUUCGAAGGCUUCGGGGAAGAAGAAGAAGACGAGGACGAAGAUGAUGAUGAAGAUGAUGACGGAGCUAGAGUUUUCGUGGAGGAUCCAAAUAAACUCAACGAUGGUUUUUUCUCAAUCGAUGACUUCAAUAAACAAACAGAAUUUCUCGAAAGACAGGAUGCUGCUGCAGACCCUUUCACUGGGGAAGCGAGUGACGAAGAAGAUAUUGACUGGGGUGCUGAUCCAAUGUCUAUGCCAGCUAAAGCAGAUAAGAGUUCGAAACGUGCGAAAGCUAUGGAUGUCUCAGGCGAAGAGGAUGACGAAGAAGAAGACGGACCUACGUUUGGUAAUAUGGAUUUGAAUGCGCCCGAAGGAGAUAGUGAGGAUGAUGAUGAUAUGGAUUUGGACGAAGCUGCUGAUGCAGCUGAUGAUAACACAAAUGACAUUCUUUACAAGGAUUUCUUUGAACCUCCACCGAGGAAGAUAGGCAAGGGAGAACGACAAGCAAAAUACCUUGAAAGACAAGCCAAAAAAGCCAACGCAGCACCCGAAGAAGUUGAAGCUGCUGUGGAGCGAGCUAUGGCUGACGUCCGACGCGAUCUGUUUGACGACGAAGAUGAUGCCAAUUCUGAAGAUGCCCUGUCGGACCUCGACCCAGCAGAUCCUAAGUCCCGUCGCUCAGCUCACGAACGUCGCCAAGCUAAAAUUAGCGAGGAGAUUCGUCGCCUGGAAGCUGCAUCCGUCGCGAAACGUGAUUGGACAUUAUCAGGAGAGGCAAAAGCAGUUGAUCGACCCAUGAACUCUCUCCUUGAAGAAGAUCUCGAUUUCGAACGCACCGGCAAACCCGUUCCUGUCAUUACAGCGGAAGUCAGCGAAAGCAUCGAAGAACUCAUCAAGCGAAGAAUCUUGGCCCAGGAAUUCGAUGAAGUCAUUCGACGUCGUCCCGAUUCCCUAACUCCGGCGAACACCCGUCGCGGACUCUUCGAACUCGACGAUUCCAAAAACCAACAGAGUCUCGCGGAAAUCUACGAGGAAGAACACAUCAAAAACACCAAUCCAGACACCUACAUCAGUAAAUCGGACGAGAAAGUUCAAGCCCAAGAAAAAGAAAUCGAAAACCUAUGGAAAGAUGUAUGCGCCAAACUCGACGCCCUAAGUUCCUGGCACUACAAACCCAAGCCCGCAGCACCUAGUCUCACAGUCGUAGGCGACGUCGCUACAAUCAGCAUGGAAGAUGCACAACCAUCCACCGCAUCUGGUAUCGCGGGCGGCGAAUCCAUGCUUGCGCCGCAGGAAAUCUACAAGGCGGGACAAGUAGUAGAGGGUCAAAAGAAGGAUAAUAAAGAAAUUACACGUGGAGGGGCACCCGUUGCGCGAGAGGAAAUGAGUCGAGAAGAAAAAUUGAGGAGGAGGAGGAGGGAGAAGGAAAGAAUUAAGAAAAUGGGUGAGGGGGAGAAGGUACUUAGUAAGAAGGCGAAGGAGAAGAAGGAUGUGGUGGGUGAGUUGAAGAGGGGCGGUGUGAAGGUUAUUGGGAAGAGAGGUGAGAUGAGGGAUGUAGAGGGCAAGCGAAUUUUGGCGAGUGAGGUUGUUACUGGGGGUGGUGGGUUUAAGUUGUAG